GUAUAGUAUCAUACCAUGUAUAAGAGGUAUAUAUGUGAAUGCAGGGUUGCGACCGAAUUCAACUGUACAAGGAGGUUUAUCAAGGUAAAAAAUGGUUGGGCAGCUGAAGGUGCUCGAGAGAGAUAUGAAUCGAUGGUGAGCUUACAGAGAAACGUGGCAGAUGGUGAGGAAGGAAUGACUGAGGCUGAGAUUUCGCAAUUAUACUUGGCCGCAGAUCAGGUUACGUGCCUGGACUUUGGUCGGGGAACCAAGCCCCAUCCUCGAUCUAAGAACUGCUGCAGUGAUGCUCAUUCGACUGCUCAGCUGCAAGCAAAACUUGAGGAGCAGCAAGAGAAGUUUGACGCGCAGCAAAAACAGAUCGAUUGGCUACAGAAAAUUGUGGAGAAGUUGAUGGGUGACCAAGCAGAUUUUGGUGAUUAUUCGACUUCUUCAGCCCAUAAAAUAGAGUUAUCUCAUUGCUGCAGAUUGACUAGUCUGCAAGGAGACGCUUGAGGAGCUUCGCGGGACCGACUUUUUCAUCUUUUUGGAGGACACUGGGGUAGACAGGGAGGUCUUGCUUUGUGAGAUGACCCUUACCUAAAUGAUUUAGCUUUGUCAUAUUUUGGGAUUUGGUUGAUAUUUGGGUUACUUUAUGACUUGUGAAUGCUUGAUAGUCCCUAAUGAAACUACAUUUUGUAUUAAAAAUCAUAUUCUAAAUAUUUUGCUAGCAAACUAUUGGAAAGGUUGAUGUGGUAUUGGAUUCAUUUUUUUUUUA